GCAUCCCUUCGCGCCGCGUGACGUGUUCUGCUCGGGAGCUGUCCCGGGAAGCGGAGUGCUGAAAGCGCCGCAUCCGACAAUCUCUCGUGGAUGUGGAGGGUCUCACGGCUGCGUGGAUCGUGUCUCCCUGGUGAAUUAACCCGAGGGAUCACGCAACUCGACGCGAAGGCGAUGCGCAGCGUCCGAUUCCCCGAGCGCAUCCGUCAUGACAGAUCUAACACUCGGCAAUGAGAGAGCUCGUUCACUAGAACCGCAGCACGUCUGGUAAAAACCCACGAUAUAACCGCGGCGCGUGCAGACGGCAUCAUCACCUGCAGAUAUGUUUGGAAGUGCCACCGCACGCUUUCGCCAGAGGUAGUGCUUUAAUCUUUAGGUGCACGAGCUCUUUAUACCUGCAUGAGCUUUACACACAAGAAUCUCAAAAGUUCAGCGCAUGGAGAAUGAUUCCAGGUAAUACAGAAGCUUCAUGACUCGUGUGACAUGAGUCUUUAUCUUUAGGAGAACAGGUGCUGGAUUACAAACUCCGCAGGGAUGCGUUGAUGUCCUGAAUAAGCGUAUGGCUUUCGACACCUGUUUGCUGACCUUUUUAACCUCUGGGAUGAAUUUUUGAUGAACCCACGGAGGAUAAUUGAAUUGGCAGACACAGCGUUUGACUGAAGCUUGGAAUACAAUGGCCUUCGUGCAUUCGUUCUUCAAUCUGAACUAAAAGGGGCCCCAAAACUUUGGUGCACAAAGACAGUGUCUUCUGGACUACUUUUUCCAUCUUGGUUGAACUGGGGGGUCACGGCAUGCUGAAAAGCCGCUGUUGCGUUUUAUUCGGUGACCUUAAGGUGUUUCUGCUCCGGCCACAGGCUAAUACGAGCCCCAUGAGCGGACAAACGGCCGGAAUCGCUCCUUAUGCCUCACAUAACAACAAUAGCGUACGAGCUCACCGGCUUCAACACUGGAGUACCCCGUCCACAGAAGACGCUACAGGGCAGGAGGGACCUGCAGACGGGUCGGGGUGGACAGGUGCCGUGGCGGAGGAGUUCUUAAAGGACCGCAGGGAUGAUAGAUUCUCCUUCAUCAGUUAUGCUGAAGGCACUCCUGUAUGUAGGAUAUGCUUCCAAGGGCCGGAACAGGGUGAGCUGUUGAGCCCAUGUCGCUGUAGCGGGUCGGUCCGCAGCACCCAUCAACCGUGUCUGAUCAAGUGGAUCAGUGAGAGAGGAUCAUGGAACUGUGAGCUGUGUUAUUAUAAGUAUCAGGUCAUCGCCAUCAGCACCAAGAACCCACUGCAGUGGCAAGCUAUUUCUCUGACGGUUAUUGAGAAGGUUCAGAUCGCAGCAGCUAUCUUGGGUUCAUUGUUUCUGAUCGCCAGUAUCUCGUGGCUGGUGUGGUCUUCUUUCAGCCCGUCUGCCAAAUGGCAACGACAGGACCUGCUGUUUCAGAUCUGUUAUGGGAUGUACGGCUUCAUGGACAUCGUCUGCAUUGCUUUAAUAGUCCACGAGGGACCCUCCGUCUUCCGAAUAUUCCAUCGAUGGCAGGCCGUCAACCAACAGUGGAAAGUUUUAAAUUACGACAAGAAGAGAGACAGCGAGGAGAAAAAAAACACUGAGGAAUCGAGCGGAUCGCAGCUUAACCAGAGAGAGGAAAUAUCCUCUUCUCCAUCUUCUCUGAUGGUCGCCGCGGGGACACCGGCUGACACCAUCACGAACACAGACGCCGCCGUGACCCUGCAGGACUCUUACUCGACCGACAGCGACGGGACGGCUCUGCCUGACCAACACUCUCCAUACAACCUCCUGCAUUUACUGAGUCACUUACGAGCACAUGAGCCGUGCGGGCCGCCAGCCGACAGCACCAGUAACACCAUCAAACCUAGAGAACUGGUUAUGAGAGUGACCACUGUCUGAACACAUGGACCGGAGGCCUUACGGUGGGACGUCACAUAGAGACAACAAGCACAACGCUUUGUGUCUUUUCACCACAGUCUGUGGAUUAUUUAUGACUUGCUGGUGAUUCAGCCAAAUGUGGUUUUAAUAAUCGACGCCGAGACAAGAAUGACCAAUAUAAUGCUGACACACACUUAAAAGACGGUUUUACAAAUCAUUUGAUCGCAAACGGAUGUCCAGACUAUUAAAAAGAAUGCAUUUAAAGGAACAGUUCACAGAAGAAAAGCUGUUUAGGUUGCAAUCCGUGAUUUUUGCCUUUCUAUCGUCAUCUGUGUUUGAAACACAAAACUACAGGCGACUCACAUACCUUUUGUGGAUUUUUUUCAUUUUAUAAAUUGUGAAUGGGGGUAAGGCGACAGAUCUUAAUGUCUUGUGUGUACUUGCUCAGUACACAGAUUUUAGUUUCCAACAUAAAAAGUCAUGGUGCGCAGCUUUACAAACGGAAUCAUAAAACUACGACUUUUAAAGAAAAAGUUCUUUCAACUUUAUAAAAGGUUUGGGCGGACACGACUACAUGACAGAUGUUUGUUUUUUAUGGGUGAACUGUUCCUUUAAAUGAACAUCAGUAAAGUUAUAAUCGGAACAUGUGCCGUAUCUUGACAUGACUGUCAGUGGAUUACAAAACUGCAAAAGACGCAAUUUCUAAUCAGACAUCAGAAACAAAGCUAAACAAAUUAAAGUCUGAAUAAAGAGAACGGUGCAAAAUGUAA